CGCGCGAGCACGUCGUGUGUCUCCGCCGGUUGGAGGGAAAAGUUUCGUUCUCGUCGACUAUGUUCUCGAAUUCGAUAUGGAACUGUGCAGUGAUGGACUGAUGGAUUUUGUAGAAUGUGAAUGAACGAUUGUGGUGCGCAAGGAUGAAAGGAUUCGCGAUUCCAUGGAUUCUGGUGGCUCUGGCAUCGGUCCAAGCGACGAGCGACAAGCGUCCCCAUUUCGUGGUGGAGCCGCCGUCGCGUAUCCUAUGGCCGGCGACGCGUGGCGCCCACGCGGCUUGCCGCGCUGCCGGUCACCCCACGCCGGAAGUCCAGUGGGUCACCGCUGAGGGGCAACUAUUGACCACGUUGCCAGGAUUGAGACACGUGCUGAGCGACGGGCGGUUGGUGCUCGGCGCUCGCCGGUCGCUGGAUGCGGGCAGCGGCGGCGCCAGCGCCAUGCUGCGGUGCCGCGCCGCCAACCGUGCCGGCGCGACGUUGUCCCGACCCGUGCUUCUGCAGCCAGUGGAAGACAACGUGCUGGCUCACACCGCUCGUCAGCUGACCCCGGCCAAAGUGGGCGGUUCCGUGGUACUUCGCUGCGAAGUAUCUCCUCAGCUUGGUCUCGUCGAGAUCUCCUGGCUACAGGAUGGCUUGCCUCUGACGCCUGGGUACCUUGGGCCUGACUCCCGUUGGGUAUCCGGGGCUGGCAUUCUACUGGGCCUCGACUUAACCCAGGCAGAUGUACAAGCUGAAUAUUCUUGCGUCGCCUUAGACACCGCGAGUUCUUCGCUUAAAUUGACCACGGACGACAGCAGUUGGUUGGAGCACAUCGAACUGAGCUCAAUAGAGACAAGAGCCGGCGAGACGGCGGUCUUGCCUUGCAUUAUAAGGCACAUGAGUGGGCACACUAUUAGUUGGCAGCGGCAGGACGCGGGGGGCUCGUGGUCGGCGGUGGCGGGGGAGGGGAUGGUGCGGGGCGGGGCGCUGGUGCUGCCCAAUGCGCGCGCGCACCACGCGGCGCGGUACGCCUGCUUUCCUGGCUCGGAAUCCACUCCUAGAAUCAUGGUCCGGCUCGUGGUGUACGAGCCUCUGGUUGUGACUAUAUCUCCUAACCCUUUGAUGUUAGGAACAGGUGGUAGUGGACACUUGAACUGUUCCGUUACUGGUGGCCGGGGUGGUGGGGUCACUCUUAGUUGGCAACACGAAGCGAGACCUCUCCAUGCGCCUCAGUCUCGACUGACCCUUGGCCCAGUUCACUCUCAUCACGCAGGAUUAUACCAAUGUACUGCUCAUGAUCACUUCGAUUCUGCUGUGGCAGGAGCUGAGCUGAUCAUUGCUGAUAGACCACCCCGGUUGGUGUCUACGUUCAGCGAAGCGGUUACUAGAAUUGGUCAAAGUGUAGCGCUAAGAUGCGCGGCUACUGGCAUUCCUCCACCUCGAAUACUCUGGACAUUGGAUGAUAGACCCCUUCCUUCAGCGCCAGACAAAUAUAGUGUAAAUACAAGAGCAGAAAGUUUAUCUGGCGGUGAAGAAGGCACAAUUGUAUCAACCCUGAGUGUUACCAUACGAACUGCCGAUGAGGGUGGCAGAUAUGGAUGUAACGCAACCAACUCCCGAGGCUCACAAGCCCAUCAUGCAAGACUGAAUGUAUUUGGUCCUCCAAAUAUUAGAUAUUUAUCGUCCAUACAUGUUAAAGCUGAUACGGAUGUGGUUUUACAUUGUCCGUAUUCUGGUUAUCCAAUAAAGGAAGUGGUUUGGCGACGGGAAGAUGGUUCCAUAGUUGAAGCUGCUAUGGAAUCGAAUGAUGAGAAAGGAAUGCUAAAACUAUCUACUGUUCGAAGUAGCACUGCAGGAAGCUACACUUGUGAAGUGCGUGCUGAAAGUGGGGAACUUGCCAGAAGAACUGUAAGGGUUGAGGUUCAUAAACCACCCAAAAUUGCACCUUUUCAAUUUCCCGAAGAGCUAGAAGUUGGUGGUAGUACGCAAGCAACAUGUAGUUUAAUUUCUGGAGACAAACCCAUUCAAUUCACAUGGCACAAGGACAACCUACCCAUUCCUUCAAUAUUAAAGGUGGAACAAAAGAACAUGGACUUCUUUUCUAUAUUAAUCAUACAGGAGCUCACAUCGGCACACAGUGGAGAUUACACAUGUAAAGCAUCCAAUGAGUUUGGUGCUGUUAGCCAUACUGCAUCGCUUAAUGUCAAAGAGUCACCGACGUGGGUAUGGCGAGCACAGAAUACUUCGGUGUCAGCUGGGGCUUCCCUCUUAUUGCCUUGUUCAGCAAAAGGACAACCGGCACCACGAGUUUCAUGGGAAUAUUCUUUGGAUGGUGAAAACUGGCGUCAUGUCUUAUUUGGUCAGUCGGAGGCUACUGACUCUGACGGAGGGUCCAUCAUGUCUGAUGGAACAGUGUGGCUCAAGGCUGCCACUCCGGAGCACGAGGGCUGGUACCGAUGCGUGGCGCGCGCGCAGCACGCCUCUAUACACCACACUUUCUACUUGGACGUUAGAGAACCACCAAAACUUAGUAGAGGUGGAAGUGGUGGAGAAACUCGAUGGGUGGUGAGAGGCUCAACAGCGAGGCUGCUGUGUGUUGUAAGCGGAGAACCCGAGAUACACGUGCAUUGGACGCAUGACUCCCGGCCUUUGGCAUUACACGGCGCCGGUGGCAUCGAAACCAGAGACACUGGUAAUGGCGGCAAAAUAUCAGAGAUAACGAUAACGCACUCCGGUCCGGAGCACGCGGGGGAGUACCGGUGUCUCGCGAGGAAUCUCUACGGGAAUAACGAGUUGGUGUACCGGUUGUAUGUUAAAGAACGUCCGAAUGUUCCCGAAGAGGUUCGCAUAUCAGAAGUAUGGUCACGACGAGCGCGAGUCACCUGGAGGAUAGCUCGCGGAGCCCUAGUGUCUCACUAUUCGCUGCAGUACAGAGCGCUGAACCGCGAGUUGACUGUGCCGUUGGACACGCCACUGACAGGGUUACUGGAAAACUGGGACUCGCCCGAAGUACUUAACCUGACUUUGGCAAACUCAGAUUUACUCCAUGUGUCGUCGGAAGGGCCCGGUCGAGCCGGUGCGUCCGUGUCGGGAUUGUCGCCGGACACCCGAUACGCGCUCCGUCUUGCCGCCUUCAACGAUGUUGGAGCCUCCGCGUACACCUCUCCGCUGCACUUCACUACGAGAGAGGAAGCUCCCGGCGGAGCGCCGCGAGAGAUCACCGUGCGGGCCCUGCGGGCGCGAGAACUACACAUCACUUGGCAGCCGCCACCCAGAGAAUCAUGGCACGGCGCGCUCCUAGGCUACACCAUCCGCUGGUGGGUCUCCGAAGAAGGCAAAGGAACGUUGAACGACAGCCCGGGAUCCGAGAGCGGGGCAAGUGCAGAUGCUACAAGUACGACUCUGAGAGGGUUGAAGCCUGCUACGCGAUAUGGGGUCACAGUGAGGGCAUAUAAUGCGGCUGGCACUGGGCCUGUGUCACCACCACAUUAUCGACAUACAUUAGAAUCGCCUCCGACGGGAGGUCCCGAGGGUCUGAGCUGCAAAUCAAACGGGCCGACGUCGCUACGAGCCGCGUGGCGUCCGCCCGCCGCGGACGCCAGAGGCGGCGUCAUCACACACUAUACGCUGCAGUUCACGAGAUACGAUGCUGACCCGCUACUGCCCACUCAGGACGCGUAUUUACGGGUUCAGGGUGUAGAAGCCACAAUAUCCCGGCUGACACCUUACGCCGAGUACGAAAUAAGGGUGCGCGCACACAACGCGGCUGGCGACGGACCGCUGUCAGCGCCGCAAGUGUGCAGGACGGACGAAGAUGUGCCGAGUGCUCCUGGGGGUAUGAAGCUGGUAGCGUUGGCCGAGCGGUCACUGCGGGCGUCCUGGCUUCCUCCCCCAGAACCUAACGGGAGACUGACGCAGUACAUACUCUAUGUGAAGGACUUGUCAGGAUCACAAGAGCCAAAUGCAACUAGAGUAAACGCCUGUACGGAGGGCGAGGGCGUUUACACAGAAUGCAUGAGGACCCUUCGGGGUCUUCGCGCCGGACGAACUUAUGAGGCUUGGGUACGAGCUGCCACCAGCGCAGGCGAAGGCCCGCCUUCCACCACCGUCGCCUGUCAGACUAGUGCCUUAGCUCCUGCCAGGAUUUCUUCCUUUGGAGAUGUAGCAGUUGGAGCUGCAGGUGGAUCUUUGUCACUAAAAUGCGUAGUUGGAGGGACUCCACCACCAAUUAAACGUUGGUUAAGAGGUGGCAGUCCUCUUCACCCACGAUCGCCGUUCCAUCUGGAUGGGGACGCAUUACUGAUUAGAGGCUUGGAACUGUCUCACGCUGAUAACUACACGUGUGUUGCCGAAAACCCUCACGGUUCGGAUUCAGCUACGUGGAGAGUGGUAGUGCUACGGCCGCCGGCACCGCCAACUCUCGCUUUGCUUGAAGCUCGCUCCAGAGAACUAGAGCUUGAUAUGCGACCAGCCCCAAGGGCUCCUGGGCACGCACUACCUAAAUCUUAUUCUUUACACUGGAGGCUUGCUGCUCCCGAGGGAGAAUGGAGGAUAUUAGCCGCCAGCCCUGGUCCAAUGACGUUACCAAACCUUCGCUGUGGCUCAGCUUACCGGGCAUAUGGGUCCGCGGGCGGACCGCCCGGUACUGAGAUAGCGGUUCGCACCACCGGAGGGCCACCGGUUGCCCCUCCUGAUUCCAGGUGGAUUAGAGUGAACUCCACACACGCGAGGUUCGAUACGAGCAGUUGGACGGACGGGGGUUGUGGGCCCGUGGCGUUGAAGUUGGAGUGGGCUGGAUCUGGUGUGGCUGGUGCAAGGGAUGUGCCUGUUGGAGGCGAAGUUAUUCUGGGAGGUUUAACGCCUGGCUCGAGAUAUCGCGUAGCAGCCCGCGCGUCAAACGAGGCGGGCUGGACGCGAGAAGUGUACGAGUUCACCACGAGCCCGGCCGAAGGUGGCUACGCGGAGGAGGUAGACGCUCCAUUCCCCGCCACGGCGGGAGAACUAGCUUUGUUGCUAGCCCUCUGUGCGGCCCUCUCACUGGCUGCAUUGACCAUUUUAGCUAUUCUUUUGAGGCGGAAAAGGAGUGACGGCGGCGUGCCGCGAGUGACCACCAGCGCGGAGAAGCAGACUUGCGGCACGUACCGAGCGCCGCCGCACCAGACGCCCAAGCUACCGCCCGACCCACCAGGUGUGUACGAGAUAAGUCCGUACGCGACGUUCGCGGGCCCGGCGGCGGGCGACUCUCGCGCGUACACGCUGCAGCUGCGCGCGUUGGCGCGACACGACGAUGACGCCGCGCCGCCCGCGCGCCCGCCGUGCUGCGACGAAGAGACAUGCGUAGACGCGUGCGACGUGCAGCGCCGCCGCCGGCGCCGUCGCCACUACUGCACCGAUCAUGGCAAUUACAAUGGUUGUUCACAAGAUUCUGGAAGUUGAGAAACGAAGCCAAAUACUGCCACAAGGUUUAGUUAAAUUAUAUCUAGUCAGUGUAAUUAGUUAAUUUGAUUAACAUAUUGAUAUGUAUACAAAAAUUUGUACAAUAAUAUUGUC